GAGAGGCUCCCGGGGGGGUUUGAACUGGCCAAUGGGCGAGCUGCCGACCGGGUGUCGGAAAAGGAGGCGGAAGCGGGGAGGAGCCGCCGCGGGAGCCGGACUGCAUCCGCCGCGGCGUCUCCAUGGCACGGCCCUGGCCUCCGACUUCAACGACUUCAUAAGGAGACGUUUCUGGGCGCAGCCGUGUCGCUCCUGGUUUCCAUCGUGUGGGAAGAACGGAGUAACAAGUCUCACGCAGAAAAAGGUCCUGAGGACACCUUGUGGCGCACCCAGUGUGACUGUAACGAAGCGAACCAUGAAGGACCGCUCUUCAACCCCCCCCUUACAUGUCCACGUGGAUGAGAACACUCCUGUCCACGUCCACAUAAAAAAACUCCCGAAACCAUCAGCAACCAGCAGCCAGAAAUCUCAUAAGCGCGGAAUGAAAGGGGACACCGUGAAUGUGCGGCGGAGUGUCCGGGUGAAAACCAAGAAUCCACCUCAUUGUCUGGAGAUCACGCCACCAUCUUCAGAAAAGCUGGUCUCGGUGAUGCGGUUGAGUGACCUCUCUACGGAAGAUGACGACUCGGGUCACUGUAAAAUGAACCGUUAUGAUAAGAAGAUUGACAGUCUAAUGAACGCGGUUGGUUGUCUCAAGUCUGAGGUCAAGAUGCAGAAGGGUGAGCGCCAGAUGGCCAAGAGGUUCCUGGAGGAGCGAAAGGAGGAGCUGGAGGAGGUGGCCCAUGAGCUGGCCGAGACUGAGCACGAGAACACGGUGCUGAGGCACAACAUCGAGCGCAUCAAGGAGGAGAAGGACUUCACCAUGCUUCAGAAGAAACACCUCCAGCAGGAGAAGGAGUGCCUCAUGUCCAAGCUGGUAGAAGCUGAAAUGGACGGGGCUGCUGCUGCCAAGCAAGUCAUGGCCUUGAAGGACACUAUCGGGAAGCUGAAGACGGAGAAACAAAUGACCUGCACGGACAUCAACACCCUUACGAGGCAGAAGGAACUUCUCCUGCAGAAGCUGAGCACAUUUGAAGAGACCAACCGCACCCUCCGAGACCUGCUGAGGGAACAGCACUGCAAAGAGGAUUCGGAAAAGCUGAUGGAGCAACAAGGAGCAUUACUCAAACGGCUGGCGGAGGCGGACUCAGAGGAAAAGCGGCGCCUGCUGUUACUCCUGCAAGACAAAGACAAGGAGGUAGAAGAGCUACUCCAGGAAAUACAAUGCGAGAAGGCUCAAGCAAAGACUGCGUCGGAGCUUUCGAAAUCCAUGGAGUCCAUGCGUGGGCAUCUGCAGGCCCAGCUCCGGUGCAAGGAGGCAGAGAACAGUCGCCUGUGCAUGCAGAUCAAGAACCUGGAGCGCAGUGGGAACCAGCACAAGGCAGAAGUGGAGGCCAUCAUGGAGCAGCUGAAGGAAUUAAAGCAAAAGGGAGACCGAGACAAAGAAACCUUAAAGAAGGCCAUCCGAGCCCAGAAGGAGCGAGCUGAGAAGAGCGAGGAGUAUGCGGAGCAGCUGCACGUGCAACUUGCCGACAAGGAUCUUUAUGUCGCUGAAGCUUUAUCCACUCUGGAGUCAUGGAGGAGCCGUUACAAUCAGGUUGUGAAAGACAAGGGAGAUCUCGAGCUGGAAAUUAUCGUCCUGAAUGACCGGGUGACAGAUCUUGUAAACCAACAACAAACGUUGGAGGAGAAGAUGCGGGAAGAUCGGGACAGCCUGGUGGAGAGAUUACACCGGCAGACGGCCGAGUACUCCGCAUUCAAGCUAGAGAACGAGAGGCUGAAGGCCAGCUUCGCCCCGAUGGAGGACAAGCUCAACCAGGCGCACAUCGAGGUGCAGCAGCUGAAGGUAUCGGUAAAGAACUAUGAAGGGAUGAUUGACAACUAUAAGAGUCAGGUGAUGAAGACCAGAUUGGAGGCUGAUGAAGUGGCUGCCCAGCUGGAACGCUGUGACAAAGAGAACAAGAUCCUUAAAGAUGAGAUGAACAAAGAGAUCGAAGCGGCCCGUAGGCAGUUCCAGUCCCAACUGGCUGACCUGCAGCAGCUGCCGGACAUCCUUAAGAUCACAGAGGCCAAGCUGGCAGAGUGCCAAGACCAGCUGCAGGGCUAUGAGAGGAAAAACAUCGACCUCACAGCCAUCAUAUCAGACCUUCGCAGCCGGAUCGAACAUCAGGGGGACAAGCUGGAGAUGGCAAGAGAGAAACACCAGUCUUCCCAGAAGGAAAAUAAACAGCUGAGUCUGAAGGUGGAUGAACUGGAGAGGAAACUGGAGGCGACCAGCGCCCAGAAUAUCGAGUUCCUACAGGUGAUUGCCAAGAGGGAGGAGGCAAUCCACCAGUCCCAGCUCCGGCUAGAGGAGAAAACACGGGAGUGUGGGACCCUGGCCAGGCAGUUGGAGAGCGCCAUUGAAGAUGCUAGGAGGCAGGUGGAACAAACCAAGGAGCACGCAGUCUCCAAGGAGCGAGCCGCCCAGAGCAAAAUCCUGGAUCUUGAGACCCAGCUAAGCAGGACCAAAACUGAACUCAGCCAGCUGCGGCGGAGCCGGGAUGAUGCUGACCGUCGCUACCAGAGCCGGCUCCAGGACCUCAAAGAUCGCCUGGAGCAGUCAGAGAGCACCAAUCGCAGCAUGCAGAACUAUGUCCAGUUCCUCAAGUCAUCCUAUGCCAACGUGUUCGGGGACAGUCCCUAUACUACCUACCUGACCAGCUCUCCCAUCCGCUCCCGAUCUCCUCCUGCCUAAGGCUGCCGGUCUUGGGCCAGGAGCCCGGAUUGAUGCCAUGGGAACUGCGGAGGGGCCAAGCCAUAGCCGGAAAGUCUAUUGCUUUCCUCUCGCUUCCACUGACGGAAGCGUGGUCAGGAUCUUGUCUGAGCUAUUGGCUCCAGUAAAGUCCCUAAAGCAGCGGGGCGGAGGAGCGGGGGGCAGGAAGGAUUUAGUUUUCGCUCCUCUGACAGAGUCACCUGAUGGAAAUUU